ACAGCUCUGUACAUCAGGUGGGGGUGGCCGAGGCGCCAGUGGGCCGGCUCGCACAAGCAGGCGUCGCCCGAAAAAGAAAAGGCCGGCUGUUGCUCCUUGCACCGAGGUCGCACGGAGCCCUGCAGGACCGUUUAGUGGUCGGGAUCAUGGUGCAGACCCAGACAUAUAAAGCCGUUGCGCCGUCGACCCUGUCUCCACACCCGUCACCGACAGAGCCAGCACCGGCCCAAGCCCGACUCCGACUCCGACUCUGACUUCUCGCCCCGCUCGUCUCUCCGCCAUGCUGUUCAAGUCUUGCGCCGCCGCCCUGGUUCUCGGCCUCUCCCUGACGACCGGCGCCCUUGCCAAGGGCGACUUCUCCGAGUACAUCAGCAACCUGGAUCACCGCAUCGGCUCCAUCUCGGAGCAGCUCUCGUCCGAUGCCACCGCGGCCUACACGGCCCACACCGACCUCCUCGAGGACGGCUCCUUCCAGGGAUGGGUCAAGCAGGUCAAGGACCACAUCGAUGGGCAGAGCAGCUUCGGCGCCGCCGAUGACAGCGAGAAUGCCCAUGAGGACAACGUCCAGUCGCUCGUCCAGACUGUCUUUGGCCAAAGCCUCUCUGGCGACGACGCCGACAAGCAGCGCCAGGCUGUCCUCACUGCCGUCCUGCCCACCUCGUUUGAUGCUCGCCAGAAGGGCUGGGUCAAGAACAUCAAGAACCAGGCCAACUGCGGCAGCUGUGUCGCCUUCUCCACCGCCGAGGUCAUCGAGGUUGCCCUGGCCACCACCGGCGUCUCUGCUGAUGUCUCCGAGGCCGAUCUCUUCUUCUGCCUCGGCGCCUCUGCCGGAGCCUCCUGCGCUACGGGCUGGUACCCUCAUGAUGCCAUCGCCAAGGUUGCUGCCCAGGGCUUUGCCGACGAGUCCUGCUUCCCCUAUACCCCGCGAGACACCCCCUGCCGACGCGGAUGCGCCCGCCACACCGGCUUCAAGCAGGUCAACUUCCGCUCCAUCAACGACAUCAAGCAGCACGUCGCUGUUUACGGCUCUGCCAUCACCGCUUUCACGGUCUACGACGACUUCCAGCAGUGCUGCCGCAACAACGCCGUCUACCACCAGGCCUCCAACCGUCGCGAGGGUGGCCAUGCCGUCUCCAUCAUCGGUUGGGACGACAGCCGCCGCGCCUGGCUCUGCCGCAACCACUGGACCACCAACUGGGGCACGAACGGCUUCUUCUGGAUCGGAUACGGCGAGGCCGGCAUCAACUCUCUCAGUAAACAGCGAGUGCCUCUCCCCGGUGGACGAGCACCUUGACACCUUCUCUUCAUGUCGAUUUCUAUGCCCUUCCGUGUCAUUUUCGCGAUUGGCUGUCCCUAAGUGCAGUGAUGCAGGGAUGUAGUUCCUUCACAAACAAUGCCUCCGCUUUGACCAUCGGGUGGCGGUCGGUGGCCCCUCUUUCGCCCUCACCGUCGCCGGUGUCACUGGUGUCGGCUGUCGAUAUCAGACUGUUGGUCAGCGGAGCUCCAAAUACAAAAUGUCGAGCUUUUACUGAAC